GUGGUCGGAUCAGAUUGUGUUGAUUCUACCUGGGAGCAGACGGGGCGCACCUGGAAGUGGAGUCUCUCAAACGUCCGAUCAGUUUCCACUUCGUUGUGAGAUAUUAAUUUAAAAAAGAAAAAAAGAGUGAAGCAGCGAACUUUGGCACCGGAUAAAUAAUUAACCUGACAACUCAAGCGGCAGUUUACAGAAGAGCUGACAUGAAGAGCUGAGCCAAGCAGUAGCGGAGUGCGCCUCUGUCCCGAGACAAAAAAAAAAGCGGCCCUACAGGUGUUUUUUUUUUCUUUUUGUAUUUUUUGCUAUUUCAUGUCAUUUGAUCUGGAUACAUUGCUCUGUAAUCAUGCUCGGUGCGGAGAGCAGGCUGGAAAGCCGGCUGAACAAGCUGGAGUCCCUGAUGAGGAACCCAGAGUCGGCACUAAACUUGGAAACACUGCUGGAUUCCGUGAACGCGCUGGCUCAUGAUUUGAACUAUCCUGCCCUGCGGAAAAACAAAAACAUAGAGGCCUUUCUGAAUCGAUAUGAAAAGGCAGUGGGUCAGCUGCGAGAACUGCAGGUGAAGCUUGAAGACUUCGAUAAAGUGAAGUUGAUCGGGAGAGGAGCCUACGGAGAAGUGCAGCUGGUCCGUCACAAGGCCUCUCAGAAGGUUUACGCCAUGAAGCAGCUCACUAAGUUUGAGAUGAUCAAGCGGUCGGACUCCGCCUUCUUCUGGGAGGAGAGGCACAUCAUGGCCUUUUCCAACAGUCCCUGGGUCGUCCAGCUGUGCUGUGCUUUCCAAGACGACCGCAACCUUUACAUGGUGAUGGAGUUCAUGCCUGGAGGCGACCUGGUAACGCUCACCAUGAACUACGACAUUCCUGAGAAGUGGGCUCGCUUCUACACAGCUGAAGUAGUGCUGGCGCUGAACGCCAUCCACUCCAUGGGCUUCAUCCAUCGGGACGUCAAACCUGACAACAUGCUGCUGGACCAACACGGACACCUCAAACUGGCAGAUUUCGGCACAUGCAUGAAGAUGGACUCGACGGGCAUGGUGCAUUGUGACACAGCUGUAGGCACACCAGACUACAUCUCCCCUGAGGUGCUUCAGUCUCAGGGUGGUGAUGGGUACUACGGCCGGGAGUGCGACUGGUGGUCUGUAGGAGUCUUUAUCUAUGAGUUGUUCGUCGGUGAAACUCCCUUCUAUGCUGAGUCCCUGGUUGGAACUUAUGGGAAGAUCAUGAACCACAAGAACACACUUAUCUUCCCAGAUGACGUACAGAUGUCUAAGGAUGCCAAAGACCUCAUCUGUGCUUUUCUUAAUGACAGGAAGGUUCGUCUGGGCCGCACCGGAGUGGAUGAGAUCAAAUGCCACCCUUUCUUCAAGAACGACCAGUGGACUUUUGACAACAUCCGAGAGACUGUGGCUCCAGUUGUGCCUGAGCUGAAAGGUGACAUAGACACCAGUAACUUUGACGACAUAGAGGAUGAUAAAGGAAAUGCUGAGAACUUUCCUCCACCCAAAGCCUUUGUGGGCAACCAGCUACCAUUCAUCGGCUUCACUUAUUUCAAGGAGGACCAGCUGCUGAAGGGAACUAACAACUGCUCUGUGGAGGACAGUAACAAAAACUCUGAGGAUAAGGAAAAUUGCUCUGAGAGUAAAAAAGAGCUGCAGAAAAAGCUUAAAGAGCUGGAGGAGAAGGUUGACCAUGAGAUGCAGGCCAAAGAUGAGCUGGAGCACAAGUGCAAAAAUGUCACCAACAAUUUAGAGAAGCUGGUCAACGAAUUAGACAAGGAGAUGAGUAGCAGGCAGAAAGUGGAAUCCUCGCUGAGGCAGCUGGAGAGAGAGAGAGCUCUACUGCAGCACCAGAGCGCCGAGAACCUACGCAAGGUGGAGAUUGAAUCUGACAGGAAACGCAGCCUGGAGAACGAAUUGAACAAUCUGAGGGACCAGCUAGAGGAUCUUAAGAAGAGGAACCAGAAUUCCCAGAUCUCCAAUGAGAAGAACAUCCAGCUACAGAGACAACUUGAGGAGGCCAACACCUUGCUGGAGGCUGAGCAGGAGGCGGCCGCGCGGCUGAAGAAGAGUCAGGCAGAGGUGCAGAAACAGGCUCAGAGCCUGGAGGUCAGCCUAAGGGAGAUGCAGGAAAAGUGCAGCCAGCUUGAAAACAGCAAGAUGGAGCUGGAGAAGCAGCUGAUGGGGCUGCAGGCCGAGCUGGAGGAGGAGAGAAGAGACCGGAACCUCCGGACAGAAACUAUUACUGACCUGCAGGGACGUAUCUCUGGCCUGGAAGAAGAGGUGAAAGAGGUGAAGUCAAGUCUCUCCAAGAUCCAGACUGAAAAGAAGCAGCUACAUGAGAAGCUCAAUGACCUCGAGAAGGAGAAGAGCAACCAAGAGAUUGACCAGACGUUCAAGCUGAAGUCGCUCCAGCAGAGUCUGGAGCAAGAAGAGGCAGAACACAAGUCCACCAAAGCCAAGCUCGCAGAUAAAAACAAAAUCUACCAGUCCAUUGAGGAGGCAAAGUCUGAAGCCUUAAAAGAGAUGGAGUUCAACCUGCAGGAGGAGCGCAGCGUAAAGCUGCAGAUGGAGGGAAAGCUGCUGCAACAAGAGAAGGACCACUCCAUGCUGGACUGUGACUACAAGCAGGCGCAGCAAAAACUUGAGGAGCUGAACGCACAGAGGGAGAAACUUUCUGAAGAGGUAAAGAGCCUGAGCUUGCGUCUGGAGGAGGAGAUCCACAAGCGGAGCAUGAGCCAGAGCGAUCUGAAGAUGCAGAACCAGCAGGUGUUGGUGCUCCGCUCCUCAGAGAAACAGCUCAAACAGGAGCUCAACCACCUGCUGGACAUGAAGCAGGUCCUGGAGAAACAGAACAAGGAGCUACGCAGGGAGAAGCAGGAGGCUGGUGGCCAGCUGAAGGAGCUGAAGGACCAACUGGAGGCUGAGCAGUAUUUCACAACCCUUUACAAGACGCAGAUCCGUGAGCUGAAGGACGAGUGUGAUGAGAGGAAUAAGCUGUACAAAGAGGCACAGCAACGGCUGGCAGAAUAUCAGGAGGAGAGGGAUUCCAUGACAGCCCAGGUGGAAGCCAGUUUGACCAAGGCCGACUCUGAGCAGCUGGCUCGCUCCAUCGCUGAAGAGCAGUACUCCGAUCUUGAGAAGGAGAAGAUCAUGAAGGAGCUGGAGAUCAAAGACAUGAUGGCGAGACACAAACAGGAGCUCAGUGACAAAGAGUCCACCAUCAGCUCGCUGGAAGAAUCCAAUCGCACUCUGACGGUGGAUGUGGCCAACCUGGCCAGCGAGAAAGAGGAGCUCAACAAUCAACUGAAAGACAUGCAGCAACAGCUCCAGAAAACCAAGGAGGAAGAGAAGCAGAUGAACUCGCUCAAAGUGUCCUUUGAGAAGCUACUGCAGAAUGAAAGGACACUAAAAAUUCAGGCUGUCAACAAACUGGCAGAGGUCAUGAAUAGGAGGGAGACGAUGCGAGGAGGCAGCCGAAGCAUCGACACUGAGGUGCACAGGAAGGACAAGGAGAACAGGAAGCUUCAGCUGCAGCUGAGGACGGAGAGGGAGAAGCUCAACAGCACCAUCAUCAAGUACCAGAGAGAGCUGACGGAUAUGCAGGCGCUGAUAGCAGAAGAGAACCAGGUGCGUCUAGAUCUUCAGAUGACGUUGGCCAGCAAAGACAGUGACAUCGAGCAGCUUCGAUGCCAGAUCACUUCCCUCAGCGUUCACUCGCUGGACUCUACUAGCAUGAGCAGUGGCAACGACAUGGACAUGGUUGACGGAUACCCAGACUCGAGGCUGGAGGGCUGGAUUUCACUUCCCACCAAGAACACAAAGCGGUUUGGCUGGGACAAAAAAUUUAUAGUUGUGAGCAGCAGGAAGAUCCUGUUCUACAACAGCGAGCUGGAUCGAGAGCAGGCCAACCCCUUCAUGACCCUGGACAUCGAUAAGCUGUUUCAUGUCCGACCUGUGACUCAUACUGAUGUGUACCGUGCAGAUGCCAAAGAAAUUCCAAGGAUAUUCCAGAUCCUGUAUGCCAAUGAAGGCGAGAUUAAACGUGAACAGGAGCUUGUAGUGGAGCCCGCGGCGUAUGGUGAUCGGCCCGCCUUCAUCAGCCACAAGGGUCAUGAGUUCAUCCUCACUCUGUACCACUUCCCCUCCAGCUGUGAGGCCUGCACUCGGCCCCUGUGGCACGUUUUCAAGCCCCCGCCGGCCCUUGAGUGCCGCCGCUGCCACACCAAGUGCCACAAAGAUCACCUGGACCGAAAGGAGGAAGUUAUUGUGCCCUGCAAGGUGAACUACGACAUGUCCACUGCCAAAGAGCUGCUUCUGCUGACCAACUCACAGGAGGAGCAGCAGCGCUGGGUCAGCCACCUGCUCAAACGCAUCCCGAGGAAACACCCGACGAUGAGUCCUCCGUCCGCAGCACAAAACAACCUUCCUGAAGCAACGUCACGCUCCUCUCCCCGAGUCUCCCCGAGACCUUCACCCAGGGGUUCCCCUCAUAUGUCCACCCAUCGUGGAGCCAUUAAGAUCCAGGCCACCAGGCAGCAGCAGCAAUCAGGGAAAACCAGAUUGCUUGAGUUUGGCCUCAAAGACUGGAGUUUGCAGUUGGAUGAUGUCAGUGAUGAUGAUGAUGAUGAUGAUUUGUUCUUCUGAAGGAAGUGACAGAAGGGGUACGGAGGGUAACUGGACCUCUACAUGUGUGUUUUCAGUUAGUAGGAUGCCUUAUUGUGGCCUGAGGCAUGUUUUUGUGUGAUUUAAACAUUUUUCGGUUCAGUGGAAAAUAUAAACACAGUGCUUGAAAACAUCGUUGCUACAAGAAUAGCUUGAUGGUUUGGGAAGUAUGCUUAUUGAGGAAAUAGCAGAUUGAUAUGGCUGUAAUAUUGGUCUACAUGUUUGCAAGAAGUAAAAUAUUAAAGCAAUAUUUUGUGAGAUUGGGAAAUACACACAUUUGCUUUCCAGCAGAGAGUUACGUGACUAUACAACUGUCAUGUCUGUACAUUUAAUAUGACGCUGCAGCCAAUUUAGAAUAAACCUGUUUCUGUCCAAAAUUAACAAUUUCCAUCUGCCAGCACCACUGUAGUUGGUGUUCUUUAAUAUUUAACCUCUUGCAAACAUACAGGCUAAGAUUAUUCCCAUAUCUGCCUGUUUUUUGUUGUUGUUUUUGCAUUCUACUCAUGCAUUGUGUGGUUACUGGAUAGCUUCCACGUUUAAUAUGUGUGUAUUUUGUGUGGGCGUGCCUUUGAAGUCCAGCCAUUCUGUUGGUAGCAUCUCAGGUU